CCUAACGGUCCAAAACAAGAAAUGAUAUACAUAUAUAAAAAGGAAACAAGCGGCAAUGAAGGAGCAAAAGAUAUAGAAACCCUAGGGUUUAAGCACCGACUUUACAUCAACGGAGAUUUUCUCACCGGCGAUACAUUAACGCCGCCGCUCAUCGAAGUCCAUUCUGACUUCUUCGACGGUUGACGGAGGGGAGGAGAUAUAUAUUGGAUUGGGAAGUUGGCGAUCGCCGUCAAUCUUCCUCUUUGAAUUCAGAGUGUUCUCGUCUGAUGAGUCGCUAGGGUUUCGAUUUCGUUCUUGCAAAAGUCAUGGGCGGAUCUCGAGUUCAGGUCAAUAAGGCCCACAAGACUCGAUUCUCUUCCAAAUCAAGUCGUCAAGUCCACAAAACUUCUCUCCAAGAGAAGAGCAGGAUUACAAAGCCGGGAAGCAAUGUUGCCAAGGGAGCAAAAGCUGCUCGCCUGCAACGGAACAAGAUGAUACGGGACCAGAAACGGGCAGCCAUUUUGAAAGAGAAAAGGGCUUCAAGUGGAUCCACAAGCCCUCCCCGGGUUAUUGUUAUUUUUGGUCUUUCUGCCUCUGUGAACGUAAAUUCAGUGGAGGAUGAUCUCUUAACAUUAUUAUCUUCAAAGGGAAAUGAACCCGUGUUUUCUACGGUUGCUUCUUCCGAGUACAAACUGAGGACAACAGUACUGAAAGCACCUCAUGGAGAUUUGUCUUCAUGCAUUGAAAUGGUUAAGGUUGCCGAUUUGAUUGCUUUUGUAGCAUCUGCCAGCUGUUCGUGUGAGGAAGGCACUUCCAAUUAUUAUAUUGAUUCAUUUGGCACUCAGUGCCUUUCUGUUUUUAGAGCUCUUGGUUUACCAAGCACUGUAGUGUUGAUUCGCGAUCUACCUCCUGAGCAGAAACAAAGACAUGAGUUGAAGAAAAUGUGCAGUUCUUCCCUUUCUUCUGAAUUUCCUGAGGAUUGUAAAUUUUAUCCUGCAGAUACAAAGGAUGAGUUGCAUAAGUUCAUGUGGCUUUUCAAGGAGCAAAGGCUUUCAGUUCCUCACUGGCGUAAUCAACGGUCAUACCUUAUGGCUCAAAAGGUUGAUUUGGUACCCGAUGAUUGCAACUCAGGAAAUUGUACCCUGCUCCUUACUGGUUAUCUGCGUGCUCAUGGUCUCUCAGUGAAUCAGCUGGUCCAUAUUUCAGGUGCAGGGGAUUUUCAGUUGUCCAAAAUUGAAAUUCUCAAGGAUCCAUUUCCUUUGAAUGCAAGAAAAGGACAGGAUCUUAUGGAUUCAGAUGAAUUAAAUGAUGAGCAGGUUAUUCGUUCCUUAGCUCCUGAUAAAUUGAAGCAAGAGCCUUUAAUCAUUGAAAAUGUUCCAGAUCCUCUUGCAGGAGAACAGACGUGGCCAACAGAGGCAGAAAUGGCUGAGGCUGAUAGGAAUCAAAAACAAAAAAAUCUGAAAAAGAGGAUUCUUCCUCGAGGUACUUCAGAAUACCAGGCUGCUUGGAUUGUGGAUGAUACAGAUGUGGAGGAUUCAGAUAGGAGUGAUGAUGAUGAUGCUGGUGAUGGAAUGGUGUUAGAUGAAAAUGAAAGUUGUCUUCCCGGUCAUGAGGGAAACAAUAAUUUUGACCUUGAUGAUGACCAAGCUUCUCUUUCACUUGACUCCAGGGACAAUGAUGAACAAACUGAUGUUGAUUCAGUAAUGAUGGAAGGUGAGAACUUGACAAGGGAGCAGAUCGAGGAUGAAAUUAAAAAACUUAAAGAUGCGCAUGCUGAAGAUGAGGAGUAUCCUGAUGAAGUGGAUACCCCCUUGGAUGUUCCGGCGAGAAAGCGUUUUGCCAAGUAUAGAGGCCUCAAGUCCUUUAGAACGUCUUCAUGGGACCCUAAAGAAUCUCUACCUCCAGAAUAUGCUAGAAUUUUCUCAUUUGAUAAUUUUGCAAGAACACAAAAGCAUGUUCUUGCAAAAGCUCUAGAUAUGGAGCAAGGGUACAUGGAUGACUGUCUACCAGCUGGCACAUACAUAAGGCUUCAUAUCAGGGAGGUACCAGUUAGUGUUGCCUCCAAGUUAUGUAUGCUUGGGAAGAGAAUGCCAGUGAUUGCAUGUGGCCUUUUGCAACAUGAGUGCAAGAUGUCAGUCCUUCACUUUAGCAUAAAGAAGCAUGACGCUUAUGAUGCUCCUAUCAAAUCCAAAGAAGAACUAGUAUUUCAUGUUGGUUUCCGCCAAUUUGUCGUUAGGCCAAUAUUUUCUUCUGAUAAUAUGAAUUCAGACAAACACAAAAUGGAAAAGUUUCUUCAUGCAGGACGUUUCUCCAUAGCAUCGGUUUAUGCCCCGAUUUCCUUUACUCCUCUUCCUUUGAUAGCCUUGAAGAGUGUGAAUGAUGUUGCUGCCUCACCUGCUGUUGUUGCAUUUGGUUCUUUGAGAUGUGUUGACCCAGACAGGAUUAUUCUGAAGAAAAUUAUCUUAACUGGUUACCCUCAAAGAGUGUCAAAACUGAAAGCCGCAGUAAGAUACAUGUUUCACAGCCCAGAUGAUGUGAGAUGGUUCAAACCUGUGGAAGUGUGGACAAAAUGUGGUCGCCGGGGUCGUGUCAAGGAGCCCGUUGGUACACAUGGGACCAUGAAGUGCAUUUUCAAUGGGGUCCUUCAGCAGCACGACACAGUGUGCAUGAGCUUGUACAAACGCACCUAUCCCAAGUGGCCCGAACAUGGGUUUCCACUUCUUUAUGCUUGAUCAGAAAUUGGCCGGUGCUGAACAUGGGUUCUUGAUAAUAUGGAUUUUGCAUUUUCUGAUAGCUAUACGGUUGUAUGUAUAGUGUGAUUCUCUCUAAAAAAAAAAAUCAAGGAAAGCCAAGAUUGUGAUUGAUGGGAAUGAAGCCUUUGGGUUCGGAUAGACAUUUCAGAUUUUUUGUGUUUGCUAGUAGCUGCCUGCUAGUAAGUCACACCCAGCUGAGAAAUAAAUUUUUUUUGCCUAUCUA